GGGCGUGGCCUCCGUGACUAUGACAUCGCAGCCGCUGGCAUUGUGGAAUACAAGGUACCAUGGUUACCGUGGCAACAGUUGACAAACGCACCAUGGCAACGGGAGCCACAGGUGUCAUAGCAAUGGGAACCCGAGGCCACUCAGUCGAAUCGUAUCCAGACACCCAGAUUCUUGCACAGAACAAACUACCUGGAUUUUCAGACUGCAAGCUGAGAUAUGAAGGGGCCUUUUUCUGUUUGUGGAUAAACUACCUGAAUGUGAAGUAGCCUACUUACAGGAGUCCAGUGUUUUGAGAAUACAGUUGUGUCCUCAGUGUUGAAUCAUUCUUUUCUAGCAUCAUGGCUGGGGUGGCAUUGUGUGAACCAACAGAACUGUAUAAUAUGUUGAACCAGUCCACAAAAAUCUCUAGACUAGCAGAACCAAACUAUCUCUGUUUAAUGGAUGCUCGUACGAGGAGGGAGUACAAUGAAAGCCACUUGAUGACAGCGAUACGAGUCAGAAAGAAUGCGUUGGGCAAAUUCAUAGUUCCUCCGUCCGUCAAUCUGGAGUGUGUUCGAUACUGCGUGGUAUACGAUGGCAAAUCUACCUCAGUGGAGGCUGCUUACGACAUAGAUUAUGAUUUGUAUGAAGUGGAUAAAGAACUAACCCCAUUUGACAAGGGAGAGGACAUCAACAAAUUAAGAACCAAGAGAUCUUCUGAGGAGAAUGCCCCAGUGGGAUCCGCAGCUCGCUGUGCCAGGAUUAUGCAGCAGUUCACCAGUAAUCCAGUCCUGGUCCUGAGGGGCGGGUACGAAUUGUUCACAGCGACUUACCAUUACCUGCGGACCCAGAAGAUAUUCUGGAUGCCUCAGGAGCUAGAGGCCUUUAAGCCCUACCCAGUGGAGAUCCUGCCUGCUCGCUUGUACAUGGGAAAUUACGCCCAGGCCUGUGACAGCCAAAUACAGAAGGAUCUGAAAAUCAAAGCCCAUCUCAAUGUCUGCGAAGAAGCUGGCACAUUUUUCCUUGAAGACAGUGACAGACUGCUUCAUAUCCCUAUUCCGGAUUCUCCAGAUGCAGAGAUAUUUUCCUACUUUCCCAAGAUCUGCCACUUCAUUGACAGUCACAUUCACAAGGAAAGAGUCCUUGUUUUCUCCACCAUGGGCAUAAGCAGGUGCAGCACAGUGGUCAUGGCCUACCUCAUGCAUUCCUGCAGGCUUUACUUAAAGAAGGCUUGGAGCUAUGUUCAGAAGUGCAAAAUCAACAUGCGGCCCAAUCGGGGGUUUGUGCGACAGCUGUCAGAAUGGGAGGAACGCAUCUACCUGAGCGAUAUCACUGAUAUCUCCGAACCGAAUUACUGACCAAGAGCGGGGGACAGAGAAAGUCCCUGAAUCACUGCUGGCUUCCUGCAGUGGAAUUUCAAAGGCUUUCGAAUGGUGGUGAUGAAACAG